UCCCAAUCACAGACCACCCUUCCCUGGGACUGCAGUUCCAGAGAAGGCAGUGGGGUAGAAAAGCACCUUUGGCUGGUGUGCAGAGUGAGUCGGUGGAGCCCAGAACCAGCAGGCAAAGGGAGCAGAGACCGCCGAGCAGCCACUGUCCUGUGGGAAAUCCUGAAGAUGGCCAAGGAUGAUUCUACUGUCCGUUGCUUCCAGGGUCUGCUGAUCUUUGGACACGUGAUUGUCAGUAUGUGUGGCAUCGCCCUAACUGCAGAAUGCAUCUUCUUUGUAUCUGACCAACACAGUCUCUACCCGCUGCUUGAAGCCACCAACAACGAUGACAUCUACGGGGCAGCUUGGAUUGGCAUGUUUGUGGGCAUCUGCCUCUUCUGCCUGUCUGUUCUCGCCAUUGUAGGAAUUAUGAAGUCCAACAGGAAAAUGCUCUUGGCGUACUUCAUUAUGAUGUUCAUAGUGUAUGGUUUCGAAGUGGCAUCUUGUAUCACAGCAGCGACACAGCGAGACUUUUUCACACCCAACCUCUUCCUGAAGCAGAUGCUGGUGAGGUAUCAGAACAACAGCCCCCCAACCAAUGAUGACAAAUGGAAAAACGACGGCGUGACCAAGACCUGGGACAGGCUCAUGCUCCAGGAUCACUGCUGUGGUGUAAACGGCCCAUCAGACUGGCAGAAAUACACCUCCGCCUUCCGGGUGGACAAUAGCGAUGCCGACUACCCUUGGCCCCGGCAGUGCUGUGUCCUGAACACACUUAAACAGCCUCUCAACCUGGAUGCUUGCAAACUCGGGGUGCUCGGUUACUACCACCGUCAGGGCUGCUAUGACCUGAUCUCUGGACCACUGGACCGGCAUGCCUGGGGAGUUGCCUGGUUUGGGUUUGCCAUCCUCUGCUGGACUUUUUGGGUCCUCCUGGGUACCAUGUUCUACUGGAGCAGAAUUGAGUUCUAAGCACACAGUAUCUCUGCCACACCUCCCUCCUCGGGUGACUCUGGACGUGGUGCUGGAACCUGCUAUUUCGUCAUGUGCUCUCUGUGUGCUCUCCACAGUGACGUAUGCGUCUCUCACUCAAAUGCCAGCUCCGGUGGAAUGGGCUCCCUUUAGGCUCUCGGGCUGCUGUGAUCCUCAACAGAAAUGUUUCUCGUCCUUGCCUAACACUCUACAACAUAUUUAUGGACCGUGAGACAGCUCCAUCCCUGUUUAUGUUUACUGUGGGGACACCAUGACAUUCAUAGGAGCCUCCCCCCGCCACUGCAAGCUCUGUCUGUAUUUAAUAGCAAAUCCGAGCAACGGGGAGCCCAUAUUUCUUACUAUUUUCUUCGGCCUUGCAAGAUGCGCUUGUCACUGUGUAGACCGGGCAAGGGGAGGAGGGGAGAUUGAAGAACUCUGUUCUGGUUUGGCGAUAACGUCUGUCCACACUGGUGGCUCUCCUGACACACCUGCUACCUUUGGAUACUUUUUUUCCUCCGGGACAGUCCUUGAUUUUCAUUUAAUAAGCCUUUAGACUUCCUCUUCUGCCCCGCCGAGUGACAAGCAUUUAGCAGUUUCAUUCUCGGUUAAUUGGAAGUACGUAAUCUUUAGGGACAUUGACACUCCCCACUUCACAUCAGCUCAAAGGUUUGAACGUGGCAGUCCAAGCCAGCUACUAGAACAGGUGAUUGAAAGGGACUUUUGUUCGCUGUCAAAAUAGUUUGGUCCUGAAGGAAGUCCUGACAACUCACCAUUGUUUGCUUAUCUAUCCAUUAAGAAGCCCAUAAAAUACACUUACUUUCUUUGACUCCAACUGGUAAUGCAUGAGUCUAACAAAAAGGGGUUUCCAAAAAAAGAGCCCCAACUGUGGGGGUUAAAGUGGAAGAAGUGGGAGACACACACUUGUGGGUUCCUGCUGACUUGUGCACUGUCACUGUCCACAUGGACAGGAAAUGGCUAGAAUUCUCUCUUCUUUUUCUUUUCCCUCUUGCAACAUUGUGCUAUGGAAAAAAUGCUCCAGUAUACUGUAAAUAUUUGUCAUUUAUUUGUUUAAUAAAAUACUGAUUGGCCAGUAGCCAGGCAGGAAGUAUAGGCAGGGUGACCAUACUAGGAGAAUUCUGGGAAGAGGAAAGGCAGAGAAAUGCAGUCAACCAGCCAGACUGAAAAAACAGGAUGAGAAUGUUGCACUAUGUUUAUGUUUAGCCAUAUGGCUAAACAUAGACAAAAAGUAUGGGUUAAUUAAAGUUAUAAGAGCUAGUUAAUAAUAAGCCUGAGCUAGCAGGCCAAAUAGUUUAUAAUUAAUAUAAGCUUCUGUGAGUUUAUUUGGGACUGAACAGCUGCAGAACUGAGCAGGACAGAAACUUUUGUCUACAAUAUUGUCCUUUGAAGUUAUUGCUCCACUAGGAAGCAAUGUGUGAUGCCAACAGCUCAACUGUGUUCCUUAUGCAGAAAACACACCCAUCACUUAGAAACAGUCAGCCUAGGCAUGAAGGUCCUGCCUCCCCAGAUCCCUGUGGUUAGGCAGAACACUGGAGAGGAAGAGCAGUCAAGAGAAGAGAAGUGGACUCCCUUGUAGCAGAAGCCCGCUCUCUGAUCCCCAGCACAGCUUGCCUCCAACCUUCCACCUGGCUUUGUCUCUUCUGAAGAAGGCAUCACUCUGUGCCUGCUAGUUGAGCACUCGACCCACUUAGCUGUAUCCCUACCUCCUGGUGCCCGUUGCUUUCCACCAUUAACUAGAUUUUCCACUGAGCUCCAUUGGCUGAGUGGUUCCCACCCAACCUUAACUUCUGCCUUCCCUUCCAGAGAUUUAUGCUUCAAAAUGCUUUCUGUUACAAAACCCUCAUCUCUUUGUGACUGGAUCUUAGCCUCGAAAGCACAGUAAGGAAGUUCCAUUACCCACAGGAACAGGCUUUGCUCCUUCACAAACCAAGGAAGGAUGGUGAGCCCAGUCACCACCAGUGAUAGAGAGGGACAAGGCUUCAUCUCCCCCUGCAGCGUUCUGCCAUUCCCAAGCCUGAUCUGUGACUACUGCUACCACUCCCUUUAGGUCACCCAGCAAUUUCUUCCUAGAAUCCCACUUCCAUUCCUUCCUCUUUCCCUCGUGCCCCUGGCUUCCUUCUCUUCUUCAAGCUCCUGGAACUGGAAAUAGGGUGGGGAGGAGGAAGGCUGUUGUCCUUGAGAGUCACCCAGACACGAUUUCUGUGAAACCUUCCUUUCUCAGUUAUUAGCUUGCCCACCAAUUAUCACUGAAACCCAAACCAGUCAGGCUAACUCUGGGGCAAGUUUGAUUGAGUGCAAUACCGGAAAGUCACCCUGUCUCCGGUUGGCCUCAUCCUUAAGCUGUGGCAGCCUGAUUAAAUUUAACAUUUCAAAGUCCUAGAACCAGAAUCAAGAAUCUGCUUCUGUCUGAACAGCAGAACAGAUGCAUUCCAGCUAUUCAUAGGUAGCAUUACAAACUUGAAAAACUACUGUCCCAUCUAACCCCUCCCCUACCUGUCUGAUUGACAAGAAGUGUUGUGGUUGGGGGUGGGGUUAGAAACUAGCCACUAACCUGACUUCUUACUGUAAAGGAUUGCUUUCCAUGGAAUCUCCCUUCUCUUUCCUGUUUCGCCUCACUCGGCUUCUUAUCUACUCCUAGACAACCUAGGGAACAGACAGCAACCACCAGAUAACCAGCUGAGUCCGGAUUCAUGCAUGUUUAUCUGAAGGAUCAAGUGGUCAUGUCCAACAAAGAGAGCCAGAAAGGUCUUAACCAGUAGUCUUUAACCUUACUAAUGUAGCAACUCUUUAAUACAGUCCCUCAUGAUCGUGGUAUUCGCAACCAUAAAAUUUUCCAUUGCUAACUCAUAACUGUAAUUUUACUACUGUUAUGAAUCAUAAUGUAAAGAUAUGAUAUGCAGGAUAUCUGAUCUGUGACUCCUGUAGUGGUUGAGAACCACUGUCUUAGAGACAGGGAGCAUUGUGAAAACACGGGAGAUGCUCUCUUCCUCCAGCCCAUGGUCCC